CAAUCGAGGAGCCACAUCACACGCGGUGGCACAUCAGAGUUCCCAGCCAGGACUCGCGUGGUUUCGUUCGUUUCGUUUCGUUUUGAUUUGUGUCAAGGAUCGUGGCAAGGAUUCCUCAGCAAAAUAUCACUUGGAAUACUAACGCAAAAGAGUAACAGAGAUGGCUCCUAAGUGGGCCCUGCUGAUCACGACGCUGGCGUUGACGCAGGCCGCGAAGCUGGAUAACAAAUACCUACCGCCACCUGCCAGUGCGGCCAGUGCGGGCGGCAGUCCAGGAGCGGGACUGCAGGGACCAGGAGGUGGUUUUGGUGGAGGCUUUGGCGGCGGAGCAGGUGGUGGAGCUGCUGGAGGAGGCUUUGGCGGUGGAGCGGGAGGAGGCGGCUUUGGCGGCGGCGGUAAUAACGGCUUGGGUGGCUUUGCCAAUGGUCAACCCAUUGCUCCUGGAGGCGGAGCCGGCCCGCGUCCAGUUCCCCUUCCCCGACCCAAUGCUCCGGCUGGUGGACCUCCAGCCGGCGGACCACCCAUUCCCAUCCUGUCGUUCGUGAAUGAGAACGACGGCGAUGGCAACUAUCGAUUCAGUUACGAGACUGGCAAUGGAAUCAAGGCCCAGGAGGAGGGCACGGUAAAGAAUAAGGGGUCGGAGAACGAGAUACCCUCCGUGAUGGGUUCCUAUUCGUAUACGAAUCCCGAGGGCGAGCUCGUUGAGAUCAUGUACACGGCGGAUGAGAACGGCUUCGUGCCCUCGGGCUCGGCACUUCCAACUCCCCCGCCCAUUCCGGAGGCGAUAGCGAAAUCCCUGGCCGCCCAGGGCAUCAAUAUUCUGCCAGGCGGUGGCUUCAGCGGCGGUCAUGGAGGAGGUGGAGCCGGCGGUUCAGGCGGAUACGGCGGUGGAGCAGGUGGAGGAGGCGGUGGGGGAGGAUACGGAAGCGGCGGCGGCGGCGGGCGUGGUGGUGGUCCAGGUGGUCCUGGUGGGCCUGGAUCUCCCGGAGGCCCAGGUGGGCCAGGAGGCUUUGGAGGCGGCGGAGGCUCAGGAUACGGAGGCGGUGGAGGACGAGGUGGCGGGUCAGGAGGUCCAGGCGGACCUGGUGGACCAGGCGGCUUUGGGGGCGGCCCAGGAGGUGGAGCAGGCGGUGGGCGAGGAUAUGGAGGUGGUGCAGGUCGAGGUGGCGGGCCAGGUGGUCCCGGUGGUCCAGGAUCGCCAGGAGGCCCAGGUGGGCCAGGAGGAUUUGGAGGCGGCGCAGGUGGUGGAGCAGGCGGUGGGGGAGGAUAUGGAGGUGGUGCAGGUCGUGGUGGAGCACCAGGAGGCCCAGGUGGACCCGGAUCUCCAGGUAGCCCCGGUGGAUAUGGAGGCGGCGGAGGUCGAGGUGGACCAGGAUCGCCUGGAAGUCCGGGCGGACCCGGCGGCCCAGGAGGAUUCGGUGGCGGCGGAGGAGCUGGCGGUGCAGGUGGAUACGGUGGCGGCGCAGGACGAGGCGGCGCGCCAGGUGGUCCAGGAGGUCCUGGUGGACCAGGAGGGGCAGGGCGUCCAGGAUUCCCAGGAGGCAAUCAGUACGUUCCUCCCCCAGCUGGUGGUGCUCCAGGUGGUCCAGGUGGCCCGGGCGGCUUUGGCGGUCCAGGUAGAGGGGGUGCUCCUGGAGGUCCUGGAAGCCCUGGAGGUCCGGGUGGCCCAGGCGGCCCGGGUGGCUAUGGUGCGGGAGGUGGAGCAGGCGGUGCAGGAGGAUAUGGUGGUGGCGCAGGACGAGGUGGCGCACCAGGUGGUCCCGGAGGUUCGGGUGGCCCAGGAGGCUUCGGUGGUGCCGCUGGAGCAGGUGCUGGCGGAUACGGCGGCGGCGCAGGACGGGGAGGCGCGCCAGGUGGUCCCGGAGGUCCGGGUGGCCCAGGAGGCUUUGGUGGCGGCGGUGCAGGAGGUGCUGGCGGAUUUGGUGGCGGAGCAGGAAGAGGAGGUGCGCCAGGUGGUCCGGGAGGCCCAGGAGGUCCUGGCUCUCCAGGAAGGCCAGGAGCACCCGGUGCACCAGGUGCACCAGGAUCUCAGUACAUUCCACCAGCGCCGGGAGCACCGGGAGCUGGCCGCGGCAACGGCGAGUUCAACCCUCAGACAGGCUAUAGCUACUAAUCCCAGACGCGAGUCCAAGGAAGACAACUUCAAAUCCCUCGGAUUGAUGAAACCUCAGAGCAAUGCAAGC